GGGUCGGAGCUCUCAUCACCGACAAUUUUUCAAUUACCAACGGGAGAUUCUUGGAUAAUCGGAGUUAACAGGGAAGCAGACACACAAUCAUUAUUUUUCACUGAUAAUUUGCACCAAUUUAUGCAACAUUAUUCAGUAACUAUUGGUUGUGUCCUCCAUUUUAAAUACACUGGCAUGAGUAAUUUUACAGUCAAUAUAUUCAACCUCAAUGGUCGCUCGUUCUUUAACUCCGAUAUCGGAAAAAAGAAUAACACAGAAGUCAUCAGAGAAAAAAAUGUGGCCACUCUAAGCAGCAAUCCAAAAGAUAUUGGCGCGACUGCACGUCAUUCGAUAAAGUUGGCGGUAAAAGGCACAGAAAGAAUUCGACAACCAGAUGAUGAACAUUUCAGCGCGGUCAUGAAACUUGGAAUAGAGAAGGGAAUCUACUCAACUCGAAUCCUGCGUCUAUCAAUGUACGAUCCACUCAUAAGGUGUAGGAGGCCAAUAAUAGAAGCAAUACUAUCAGACCCCAAAUAUCCGUCAUACAUAACAGUCAUGACCCGUACACAAAUCACAGGCCGCACAAAACCCGUAAUACAAUUACUCUACAUCAUAUCAAAUAUUAUCAAUUGCACACGUUGAAUUAAUUUAAUUAGUUAUAUUUCAUUGGUGUAGCUCGUGCCUCGUGACUUCGUAAAAAAAUACAUUACGG